CGCCGGCCGCGCGGGGUUGGGCUGGACCAUGGGACCCCGAGGCGUCCCGCCGCUGCUGCUGGUGCUCCUGGAUUGCUGGGCCUCUGUGAGCGCCCGGGCCGGGGCCACUCCGGCGGUGACGACGGAGGGCCCGAGCUCUACGGAAGCGGUCCCGAUGACUCCACGACCCUCCUUGUCGUCUGCGCCCCCGGGGGCCCCCGAGACUCCCAAACCUUCCUCCGGUCCCAGGCCCACCCCGGUCACGGACGUUGCUGCUCUGUGUGUCUGUGACUUGUCUCCAGCACAGUGUGAUGUCAACUGCUGUUGUGAUCCUGACUGCAGCGCCAGCGACUUCAGUGUCUUUUCUGCCUGCUCAGUUCCAGUUGUCACGUAAGUUUAUGACAAACGCGGUUUUGAUGAAGAGUAUAAUGAAAUCUGUGUUCAGAGCUUGCAUUACAUUUCACUCUGCUCUGUAAACAGGUAUUGUGUCACAUUUUGAUAUCAGCGAGUUAGUCUCAUGGAUAGUGAGGGUGAAAGUGCAGUUU